AUGAUACACAUGCAUAAUCCACUUAUUUACGUAACAUGGGGAAGGCCUUGAGUGUUGUUUGUUGCUCCGCGUUCUCAACCACACUUAAUAGUUGAAGGAUAUUUACGGUAUUCUGUGAUUGACAUUCAGUCGGACCGCUUAACUAUGCGUAGGAGGCGGGCUGAAGCGUCGCAUCUAGCCAAUCAGAGCGCUCGAAAGCGUGGGCGUUGGCGCAGGGUGCUAGAUGUUUGGUUGACGUUUGUUUUCGAAUAGGGGCCCCGUGUUGAAUUCAGCAUUGUGGAGUAGGGCAGAGUCAAACGCGAACCUUCGACUGGAUUUAAAGGAGCGGGAGCUCCAGUUACUGUGUACUCACUUACCACUUGUAAGCGAGUGUUUCAUGGCUUCAUUUCGCAGAGAUGGAUAUGGCAGGAUUUGAGAUUUUAGAAGAGGAGAAAAACAGCCAUACCCGAAUGUUUGGCUGAGGCAUUAUUGUUCUAGAACAAACUGUGUUGGUCACGUCAAUUUUUCUGCCAGAGACUAAUAAUAAGAACAAGGGAACUGUGGGAAGAGAGGUGGCAGAAAAGUUUCCACCAAGGAACCAGGGAUCUGUUCUCGGCAAUGCCUCAGCCUAGUGUCAGUGGAAUGGAUCCUCCCUUUGGGGAUGCCUUUCAAAACUACACUUUCGCUGACCAGGCACUAACCAGCACUGACCUGUUAGCCAACAGCUCUGACCCAGACUUCAUUUAUGAACUGGACAGAGAUAUGACCUGUCACCAGAGUUCUGGAGGAGACGUGUUUAAAGUUGAGGACUGCAAGGAGUUUGAGAGUAUGGAAAAUCUUCCAGAACUAAUAGACAAUGACCUAGCCUACAGCUCCAACUUUGAACAGUGGGAUACAUAUUGGGAAGACUUGACCAAGUACACUCGCCUCACCAGCUGUGAUAUCUGGGGCACUAAGGAGGUUGACUUUUUGGGCUUGGAUGAUUUCUCCAGCCCUUACCAAGAUGAGGAAGUCAUAAGCCGUACACCCACUUUGGCCCAACUCAACAGCGAGGACUCUCAGCCUGUGUGUGACAAUUUAUACCUUCCAGAUUCAUUGGCAGGCCAAAAGCAGACUGUUUUUCCUCCACAAGUGGUAAGUAAGAAGAUGGGCAGAACCACUGUUUCGGUCACGGGCACCUCCUCCAGCCACAGUACUUUGCCGGAUUAUGCUGAAGGUUCACAGAAGGCCACAUGGCCAGUGGCCUCAAGCACCGAGACUAUGGCAAAGGCCCAGAUGCAAGGGCCUAGCAGGGUUGCAUCUCCACAGCCAGAGAACACAGAUUAUGUACGCAAGGCCAAGGUUCGCAUUAGUGUACCACGCAAGCCCUUCCUAGAGAGUUGUGCUCAGCAGAUCACCGUGUCUGCCAGCUCCCCUCUUAUCAAAGAGCAUGAGUCAAGUGCUUCUUUGAUCAGUAAUGUCCAAGCAGCCACUAUUGACACUCCAUCUUCUCUGAUUCCCAUGGUUUGUGAGAAAAGAGUGGAAAUCUGUAAACGAGAAGCUCCAUGUGGCUCUACUCCAGAGGUGGGAUUGUUAAGAGGAAAGUCACCAAAACUUAACUUCCCUGUGGCUGGCAGCAGUGAAACCUUGCUCACUGUGAGUACCCUUGGAGCUGAUGCUAAUGCUGCCGCUGAGAAGAAGAAAGAAGAAGAGCACAACUACUCACUGUUUCUGACCAAGGCCAGGCUUGCAGGCAAAGCACCCACUGACAUGGAGGAAGACGAAGAUGAGGAAGAAGAUGAUGGGGAGGAGGAGGAAGAGGAGGAGGCAGAGGGGGUGGAAUUGGAUGAUGAAGACCAUGAUGAAGGAUUUGGCAGCGAGCAUGAACUAUCAGAAAAUGAAGAAGAAGAAGAGGAGGAGGAGGAAGAUGAUGACUAUGAGGGAGACAAAGAUGAUGACAUCAGCGACGCGUUCUCAGAGCCAGGAUGUGACGCUGACAUGGUAGAGGACGUUAAAGGUCUGACGGCUGGAAUUUCCAGAAAAAGGGGUAAACGCCGAUACUUCUGGGAAUACAGCGAGCAGCUUACCCCAUCUAAACAAGAACGUAUGCUAAAACCUUCUGAGUGGGACAGAGAAACCCUUCCAAGCAACAUGUAUCAAAAGAAUGGCCUGCAUCAUGGAAAAUACACACUAAAGAAGUCACGGCGGACAGACGUAGAGGAUCUCACCCCCAACCCACGGAAACUGCUUCAGAUUGGGAAUGAAUUGCGCAAACUUAACAAGGUGAUUAGUGACCUGACCCCUGUUAGUGAGCUGCCCCUGACUGCUCGUCCUCGCUCACGAAAGGAGAAAAACAAGUUGGCAUCCAGGGCCUGCAGACUCAAGAAAAAAGCUCAGUAUGAAGCCAACAAGGUCAAGCUGUGGGGUCUUGGCACAGAAUAUGAUCGUUUGCUGUUUGUGAUUAAUACAAUCAAAGAGGAGAUUGUGAACCGAGUUCAAAAUAACUCAAAUAACAACAGGACAAGCAUGGCAGAGAAGCUUGACAAGCUCAUAGAGGAGACACUAGUGCAGUCACCAGUAGCUGGCCAGACUUCAGACUUUGUGAACCAGAUCCUUGAGAAUACAGGCAAGGGUGACCCCACUGGUGGUCUAGUGGGACUGCGUGUGCCCACACUGAAAGUGUAGAGGCAUGCACAUAGUAUUUGGAAGCACACUCGAAGCCAUCCGCACCAUUCCUGUCUCACACUGUAACAGCCCAACACUCUGCAUGCCCAUGUCAACAGGAGAUGCUCAAAAUGCUUAAUGUGGAUACAUGCAUACGAACACCUGUCUGUCUGUGCAUACGUAUGUAUAUUUUCACGCACCUACAGAAAUCUCUGCACUCAGUAGUCUGGUUCCUUACCACGUGUGCAUGUGGCUGGUAAAAACCUCCAUCUGCAAGCCACCAUUUUGCAAAAUUCAAAAGCCAAUUUAUGAGAGACCUCCCAGAAUGUAUCGUCCUUUUAGAGAUGAAGAUGCAAUUGGUUCCUGCUGUAGCCAUUUUUUCCUUAUGUCCAGCAAAUGCCCCGUACUUGAUUCAGAAAGCAGAAAUGUUCUUUAGGGAAUAUAGUUACGCUAUGAUCCUUAAUUAAGACUCGUGAAUAGAAAAAGGACAUUUUAGAGAGAUUAACUUAAUGUUAUAUUUCACCAAGUCAUGUAAAAUUUUCAUCAUGAACUAAACCUCUGCUUUCCUCUAGUGUUGUGGCAUUUGCAGGACUAAACAAGUUACACCCUUAUAUACCAACUUUGACAAAGCCAAUACAAACACACACAUUUUUAAUCUACCUUAAUUGGAAACCAACUCAAAGAUUGAUGGUAGGUGUAUACAUUUAGGACAGGGAUACAACAUGACAAUUAGGAUAGGACUGGGCUUGAAUGUUCUGAUCCUUUUGUCUUGGUGGUCUCAGGGUGAAUAUAGAGAGAUUAUUGACUGACUGGAGCAGAUGGUCCAUUUAAAUCUUCCUUAAAUGGGAAGAACUAUUAUUUUGUACUGGUGACUCCACCCACUUAGAUCGAAGUGCCCUAAUAUCAAAUGAUCCUGGACGUUUUCCGAAGUCGCAUCGAAGGGGCUCAAAAGUUGAUUCCCUGACUCGGUCUUGUUCAUAUUUGUACUUAUUAAAAGUAAGAUUAAUUGUGCCUUGUAGAUGUUGAGGGGAUAACGAAUCUCACUUGAAAUCAAGUGGACUAUGUUUCAAGGAGAAAAAGAGCAUUGAGGCAAGUCAGACCUGCAGGUUUAUGUGUUUCAGCUUGAUAAAGAUACUCUGAAUGAAAGUAGGAACAUGGAAAAAUAUUGAUUUAUGCCACAGAGUCUGUGCUAGGUAAAAGAAGAUGGCUCUGACAAAUAUUUCUUUCCUCUCUCUAUUUUGGUACUUCAUUUAAGUGGAGUGUGUGGUGUGUGUGUGUGUGUGUGUGUGCGCGCGCGCGUGCGUGUGCGUUUUGGUUGGUUUAUUUUAAGACAACUAUUCAUAUAUUAAAUACGAAAAGGAGAUUUGCACACUAUAUUCUGAUUGUUUUGUUUUUGUACCAAAGACGCAUGCAACAUAAACUGGCAACUAGCCAGUUUAAGUAAGUUUUUGCACAGCUAACCUGACACCGUAUUGAAUGUAGGAAAAAAAAAAGUUGUAGGGUCAGGGAUUUUCAACGAACUGUGAAAUUUGCUUGGGUCCAAUUAUCUACAGAAAGAAGCAUUCGCAUCCUCCUAGAGCUCUUGUGUAGUUCUUGAGCUCUCAAGUUGAAAUGUUGCUUUGGAAACCUUUGUACUAGGAUCAAGCAGUUCAGUUUCCCACCAUUGCAAUUUUGUCCAUUAAUGCUUUUAAAACUGUAGAGUUGAAGAUGCUUUUGUAAUUGCAUAUGUAUGAUGUUAUAAGAGAACCAAAAUGCUCACUUUUAUUAAUAUUCUUUAAAUUUUUGGAGGAGAAUAAGCAUACUACAAAAACUUUAUUUUGCAUAUGUCGUGUGUAUAGUCCAUAAUUCAUGCAUACACACACUUGUAUUGAUUAAAAUGGUACCUUUUCAAUGGAUAUGUUAAUAAGCAUGACACAUUUCUAUAGCUUUAUAUUCAAUGAGUAACCUGGAAAUAAGAAAAAAAAAGACAUUCUCUGUAUUUUUGUAAUGGUUACCUUGAUGUUUGUUUAAUGUUCUAUGAACAUAUCUAUAAACCCUUUUGGAGAAAGGCUAUGAUAAAUUUAUCAUCAGCACCUAAUACUCAAAACUAUUUCAAACUUGGACCCAGUCAUAGGCUCUUCUUUGUUCAUACCUAAAAGAGUGCUCAUACUUUGAGGCAGGAAAGCAUUCUGAGAGCUUUGUAGUUGCACCAUAAUGGCUAGCUGCUGCACCUUCAUACUUGUCCAGCGUGAAAAGCUACUGCACUUCCCAAUGCAGAACUGCAUGUUAGCUGGGGGGAAAGCUUUGAUUGAUAGUCAUGGUUUGUCUUUGGGUGUUUGUGAAUUCUUAUUUUUGAUUAAAUUAAAGAAGGGAGAAUAUUUUCCUCUACAACCCCUACUAUAUUUAAGCUAAAGAUUUUUCGUACACCAUAGUAGCUCCUAGUUGUUUAUUUGUUUGUUUUUCAUUUGGCAAUGUAGUAGAUUUUGUAUAUAUCAUUCAUGUUAGAGGCUACUGUAAUUUGCAGUGUUCUCUUUAUACAUAGAAAUGAGAUCUAUAUUUAUCGUGUGUGUGUUCUAUAUCUCACACACACAAGCAUACUAUAUUACAUGAGAUAUAACUAAAGCACUUUGUCUAGACAAAAAGAAAAAAAGAGGAAAAAAAAGCAUUCUUUUCCUUCCAUCUGCUGCUAAACUGGCCUUGUUUGAAUGCUGCAGUGAGUACUUGACUUUUACCAUCUUAACCAAGACAGGUUGACGGUGAAGUCUUGAAAGGACAGGCCCCUGUGUGACAAGUCAAGCGUCACAAACUCCAUUUGCCUUUAGUAGACAUUUCCUAUGGAAAAGUGCAAAUCCUGCUUUGUGUUCUUCUUCAGGUUGAUGUACAGUAUUGACAUGUUCUCCCUGGGCAUUGCCAGAGGUGAAUAUUAUCAAUAAUUUUUUUAAGUAAUUUGUACUUAAUGGGGGAAAUCUGAGGUGUUUUGAUGAAGUGUCAGCUUCUUAUUAGUGGCUCAGAAAAAAAAAAAAACUAUAUCGCUGUACUGUAAGGCAAAUCUUUUUGCCAUAGGGAAUUAAUCAGACUACAUCCUUUUUGCCUUUUCAAAUACCCAUCCAUCCUUGAUGGAAAGCAAGGCUCUAAAAGCUUUGUUGCUAUGACAACUUAUCCUGGCCUUCGUCGUGCCAUCUUGAACUAAAGCUUCUUAGCCAGGCAUUGGCUCUGAGUAGUUAUGACCAAUUUGUAAUUAAAAAAGAAAAUGCACAAAAAAAAAACAACCACCACUUGGCAAGUGGCAAUGAGCAUGGGGAUUUAAGGUGGAGGUGCAUGUUUAAAAGUCAGUCGCCUGUUGUAGUGGGAAAAUGUGUUUGUCUUUGACUUUUUUUUUUUCAAUUUUAUUUCAGGUUCUUGAGUUUGAUGCGACAUUGUGCGUUUAAGUGUUUAACUCGGAGACUCUGUGGCAUUCGAACAGUUAAGGAAAUGGAUGUUAUUUAAAGCCAGUAAAAAAUUUUUGUUGUUGUUUUUGUUUUUUAAACUAACACGUGAAAAGAGCUGUUGCAUCAUUUUAAUUUUACAUAUAGUUUAAGUUAGAGUUAAUAAGGGGCCUCUGCUGCAAAUCUGGUUAAUUAAAUGAAAAUCUGAAAUAUUUCUGAUCUUCAAAACAUGUACAUUAUUUUACUACACACAUCUUUUAAGCUGGAAUAUAUUUAAAAUACCAAUUGAUUUAGUUAAGUACAUAGCAUUUAUUUUGCAUGUGUUCCUUCAUUGUAUUUGCUUCAUACUUCAACUGAUACUGCUUUUUCAAGAUAAAAAAUAAUGAUCCAACCAGCAAUUUGCUGUUUUGUUUAUGUUGAUGUAUUGGUUUUUGCAUAUUAUCCUGAUUCUCAGUUACCAUUUCAACUUUAUUAUUGCCAGAUUGCAACCUUAAGAUGAGUAAGCUAGCUAUUGAAUCCAAAUUGUGCUUCUAUUUGUUGUCUGCACUAUAUAAAAAUUAAAUAAAUGAAUGUUUGGGUUGAAGCUGCUUAAUAAUUCUGUAAAAUUGUACAGAAAAUCAGUAACCAUUCCUUGUUCUGUUUGACUUGUGUGAGCCCACUUCCUAACUAAAAUAUUAUUGUUUUAAAUAUUUGCCACUGUAUUUGUACAAAGAAUGGCCAGUUGGAUCCCUGUAGAAAGUUACUGAAACAUAUUUGCAUAAUUUUCCAAAAUGGCUACAGUACGCAUUUGAAAAGCUAGAUGUUUGCAUUCAUGUGUUUUCGUUUUCAUUUGUAUAAUUUUGGCAUGCCUGGUUUUUGUAAAUAUAUGUCCUGAGCAUGUGAGAAACAUUGCUCCAAGUGGUGCAUUUUGUAUGUCUUUGUAAAAUGGAACAGUGCUUUAGCUUUCAGUUUUCCCAGUAAAGAAAUGUUUGGACCUUUUUGUUUUUACUAAGAAAUUGUAUCUAAUAAUGUUCAGGUUAAGUUGUUCCUUAUGGUGGCCAUAACUUGCUAUUAAAGAAUGAUAAAUGGUUGAGAGCAUUUGACAAACAUUUUAUGAGAAGCAGCGUGUCUUAUUGUUGCUAAAUAAACAUGCCCAUUCUAGUCUGUUUAACCUA